GGCCGCAGACGCUUGCGCGCCGCGCACUGGGCAUCGGCGUGUGACGAGAGGGUGAACGCGUACGAGAAAUAAACAGAGUGCGGCGUGUAGCAGUGGUGGCGAGUGGAGCGCGCGUUUAACAACCAUGGCGUCGGCGAAUAAGAAGGCCAAGGAGCUCGAGGAUCCGGGCUCGGGCGAGGGGGACGCCCGAGACUACGACGUCGAGAUACAGAAGACCCUCGAGGAGAUCGACGGGUGUCAGAAUCAAAUCGAUGGCCUGAACGAGAAGGCCAGCGACGAGAUCCUCGAGGUCGAGAAGAAGUAUAACAAGCUGCGCAAGCCCUACUUCCAGAAGCGUAACGACAUCAUCAAGAGGAUACCCAACUUCUGGGUCACCGCCUUUGUAAACAACAAAGAAAUAGCAGAAAUAUUGGAAGAAGACGAGGAGGAUGCACUGAGAUUCCUAAACAAAUUAGAAGUUGAAGAAUUUGAAGAUAUCAAGUCUGGCUAUAGGAUUAAUUUUUACUUCGAUGAGAAUCCAUAUUUUGAAAAUGAUGUUUUAACUAAGGAAUUUCACCUAGGAUCUUCUGGAGAUCCAGCAUCUCAAAGUACAUCUAUCCGUUGGAAAGAAGGUGCGGAUUUAACAAAGAAAGCAAAAACCAAAGCACCAUUGAAAGGACGCAAAAGGCCACUUAAACACAGAUCAUUCUUUGAUUGGUUUACGGAUCAUGGAGAUCCAAGUUCAGACGAGAUAGCUGAACUAAUUAAAGAUGACAUGUGGCCUAAUCCAUUGCAGUAUUAUCUGGCUCCAGAUAUAGAUGUCGAGAAUGGCAUUGAGGGUGAUGGUGAAGAAUGUGAAAGUGAAGAGGAUGAAGACGAAGAGGAUGGUGCAGACGAUGGCGAUGAAGGAGGAGAAGGAGAGGAAGGAGACGACAGCAUAGUAGUAGUCGAGGAUGAUGUGGAUGAAGAUGAUGAUGAGGACGAGGCUGUGAACGAUGAAGAUGAUGGUGUAAAUGAAGAAGACGAUCUAUUGGUAGACGAUGAAGGAGAUCGCGAAGAAGGAGAAGAGCCUGAAUAGAGAGUCGUAAUCCGAGUUCUGAUAAUAUCCUAUUUCACAGAUAUUGUGAAGAAGAGGAAAAAAAAUGAAUGAAAUUUUGUGCACCGAAUCAAUCAAGAACAGAGAUAGUCUACUGGACUGAAAAUAUUAUGCCAUAUGAAUAAAUCUCAGGACACACAUUUUUGAAUAUAUGAAAAUAGGGAAACAAUUUAGAAGAUCUAGACCCUUUCGAUUGAGAACCUAUGUAUAAAAAUACAACAUUUUGUUAAGAUAUAUUGAAAGUGGUUUGAAAACAGAAAGGGUCUGGAUUAAAUUAGAUAGAUUUCACUCUUGCACUAUGAAUCUGUAUUGGAACAUAAUACAAAUUCCUCAGUUAUAUUCAUAUGGCCUAGUCGUCGUUCCCUUAAUAAAAUAUGCGACAGAAAAAAUGUCCGCUUGGUUCUUAAUAUCGCGGAUUUUAUUGAUAAGUUAGGAUAAAAUAGAAGUGAGGCACUAGGUGGGGAGUUCCAUUUAAUUGCUUUCUCAUGAAAAUUAUUCUUUAAAUAUGACUUCCGAGAACGAGGUGUUUUCAAUACAAUUUUUGAGAGUGACAAUUAUCUUCUCUAUUUUCGCACAUGAAGCACACGGACUACACAGCUACUAUCUUAUUUUCAAAUAAAAUACUGGAAUGAAGAUCAUCUUUUGUUACAAUUCAAUUUUUAUGAUUGCACAUCAUCACAGAUUUGUUUCUAUCUUAGAAAAAUGCUAGUUAAAAACAUUUUUUAUGAUUCAUGAUUGUUGUUAAUUUAUUCAUUUUAUAUUGCUAUAGAUUGUAUCACAAUUUUUAUAUUAUUUUAUCUAACAUUUUUAUAUAAUUUUAUAUUGAUAUAGGUAUAAAAUAGGAGAAAUAUGUCUGUAAUAGCCCUGUUCCCCCUCCCGUUUAUAAGUUACAUAUUAAAAAAUUUACACAAUAUUAUUAAAUAGUAUAUGAUUUUAGUAUGUCAUGUUACAAUGUUGCUCCAAUAAACGAAAACUCAUGGAAAU